UAAAGAAGAAAAAAAGAUAAGUGGGGGAAUUGAACCCGACGUGAAUCGAACACGCAACCUUCUGAUCUGGAGUCAGACGCGCUACCAUUGCGCCACGGAUCCACUUGUUAGCAUGAUAGCUAAUGCCAAUAUUUAUAUUAUAUAGCUUCUGAAUAUUUAAAUGUAAUCACCUGAAGUGUACGCAUUGAGCGGGAACAUUUGAGGUGGGGAGUUCCAUCUUCUCUACUCUAGGGUUUUGAACUCACCCAGAGAAAUCCCAAUUCGUCAUUACUUCGAAAUCAGCCAAUUUCCCCCCCCCCCUAAUUCCAUGCUCCGAGUUCCGUCUCGAACUCCAAAUCCCCAAAAUGAGCGGAGCCCCUUUGAAAUUCGAAACCCCAAUCCAAGAUGCAAUUUCCAGAAUCCGAUUCGCUCCAACCUCACACAACCUUCUCAUCGCUUCUUGGGACUCCAAACUGCGAUUGUACGACGUGGGAAGCUCGGUGCUCAGAUUAGAAGCUCCGGCCGAAGCUGCACUACUCGAUUGUUGCUUCCAGAACGAGUCGGUUGCGUUUAGCGCCGGCUCCGAUGGCUUCAUUAGAAGGUAUGACUUGCAUUCUGGGAUCUGUGAGAUGAUUGGAAAUCAUGAUGACAUAGCAACCUGCAUUGGAUAUUCUGAUGAAACAAGCCAAGUACUUACCGCUGGUUUGGACAAGAAGAUAUUUGCCUGGGACGCACGUAUGGAGGAGGGUAAAAAAUCUGUGUUUGUAAAAAGUCUUGACUCAGAGGUGACGUCCAUGUCACUCUCGGGUCUCGAUAUGAUGGUAACCAUGGGAGCGUUAAUAUAUGUGUGUGAUUUGCGCAACCUCCAAAAACCAUAUGAAUCAAAAGUUUCAGAUUUGAACACAACGAUUAUAUGUGGAAGUGCAAUUCCUAAUGCUAAAGGAUUUGCGGUUGGCUCAGCAGAUGGACGAGUGUCAUUGGAGAUUUGCCAUCCAUCUAAAUCAGAUAACAUCAGAUAUAUGUUCCGGUGUCAUCCGAAGUCAACUGAUAGAAGAUAUCAUCUAGCAGCGGUGAAUGAAAUUGUGUUCAAUCCUCUCAUUUACGGUGCCCUUCUUACUGGUGAUGAUGAGGGUCAUGUUAUUGCAUGGAAUGCUCAAAGCAGAAAGAGGCUAUUUCAGUUGCCUAGGUACCCAAAUAGCGUGGCAUCCUUAGCGUAUCACCACCAGGGACAACUUCUGGCCGUUGCAUCAAGCUACACAUAUCGGCAAGCUAUUGAAUCAGAAGAGCUCCCUCAGAUAUUUAUACAUGAAAUUGGCGAUGCUAACAUGAGAUCAGCUGACAUAGGAAGUUCGAGCUGCAACUAAUUGUACACAGAGCGAUGAAGGAUCAUGUGUAAAGUUUUGAUGUUGGUGGCAUCCUUGUAUAGGAAGCGCGUCCUUGUUGAACCGGAGAUAUGGUGUACCACUAAAAUUGUGUUUUGAUAUGCAGGAAGGAUAAUCAGCAGCAAAGCAGGAACUAUAGGAUUGCAUCUGUUGUAGAAUUAUGUUAGUAAUUCACUAAUGUAGCAUUGUCCAUUGUAAUACAGCUUUGAUCCAGAAAUUGGCAAUAUGAAGCAUGAGUGCUUAUUAGUGUUAGUAUGUAACCUUUGCCAAUGAUUGACAGAAAGAUUAGUAGUUGAAUCCAAGGCAAAUUUAGCCUGUAGUUCUCAAACCAUUUGAGUGCCUUCUGGAUCAAGUCUCCAGGUUUCCCAUUGAAGUUUAAGUGC